GUACAGGGCAACUUUGCGCUUUCGUGAAGCUUUUCCGGGCCAGGGAUGAUGAUGGUGCAACGACGCCAUCAUGGUCCCUGGAGCAGGAAGCACAAGCGUUUGUGGACUGGGUGAUUGUCGAAGGUGGCAUCCUUCCCAAAGCUUGCCAAGUUCUGGCCGAGCGUCCCGAUAUGGUUCAGGAGAAGGUCUAUCGCCAAGCCCUGUCUCGGUGCCAAGUUAGCUGUGAGCCAGCGCCCUACGAUGAGAUCCGAAGCAUCAUCAGUGAGGAUGGACUUUGGUCUCAUAUCGAAUCUUUGGGUGGGCUGCAGGAGGAGCCUCUGUCGACGGGCAGUAUCGGCCAGGUGCAUUUCUGCGGAGAUGGCCAUGUCGUCAAGGUUUCUCUGGUGAAGAAGAAGCGGGAGAUGAAGCGGCAGUUCUCGUGGUUGAAGGCAUUAGUGAAGCUACCAGGGCUUCAGAAGUCCAUUCUCAUGGAUAUUCAGUACGUGGUCGGGCCCAUCAAGGAUCAAAUCCUGGCUGAGUUUGACCUUCGCGGUGAGCAGCAGCGCCUCCGCUUGGCUGCAGCUGCUCUGCCCCGCGUCAGGAAACUGCUCGGGGAGGAGUUUGGCGACUUCGAGCUCCGCGUCCCCGAAGUCUCGAGCACAAGUACCCAGCAUGUCCUUAUCAUGACGCGACAACGCGGAAUCCUGCUGAAAGAUCUGCUGGACCAGGAUUCACAGAUGGACCGGGCGAUCAAGUUGACAUGGAUGCGGAGAGUGCUGCGUCUCUGGGGUGCUUUUACACUGGGCCUGGGCUGGUUCCACUCAGAUCCGCAUCCGGGCAACCUGAUGAUCUCUGAGGACGGCUCGCUGGUGCUUCUUGACUGGGGGUCUGUCACGGUGCUUCGCCAAGACCAGCUGGAGGAGCUUCGUGCACUCUUCAACGCGUUGGCGCAGCGUCCAAUCCAGGCGGCCUCUGUGACUUCGUCGAUGCGCCGUUUGCAGCUGCGGACGAAAAAGGACACAGAUGCCGGCUUAUUCGGGGUCGCAGUCUCCACCUUGGCCAUGGACAUCCUCGUCUUCCCAGACGUACAAGAAGCUUUGGGAGAGGAGGAGGACCCGCCGAAGCACAUCCCGCAAGAAAUGGCACAGCUGAUCCGUGUGGUGGCUACGCUGGAAGGCUCCGCAUCCCGCUGUGGCCGCUGCUUGCGAGUGCUUCCCCUCUGGUCUCCGAUCUUGAGCAAGGCCCCGGACGGCGUUGAUGCCUUACCUCUCAUCGCUGGCGUGCGCAACGACGGGGUCUGUGAGGAAGCCGAGACUGGAGCCUCCAGGCUCAGGAAGCCCCGAUGGAUGCCGUCCUUUUCCAGGUGGGGCCAGCUGAGCGAUGAAGAGCUUCGAGAAAAGUUCUGCGAGCUUGACGCGGACAAGAGUGGGAAGUUGAGCCGGCAGGAAGCAGAAGACGCAUUGUUGAAGCUGGGGCGAUCAGUUGCGGACAUCGAGAAGGAGCUGAGCAGCUGGCCUCCAGAAGAAGGUAUCGACUUGCAAGCAUUCAGGCAGCUAGCCAGGGCAAGCGCACCUUCCUGGCGGCCCAGCUUCCCGGCGAAAGCUGCUGUGGAUGAAAGCAAGGCUCGCAGCACCUUCGAAAAGUUCGACACGGAUGGUUUUGGCCAGCUCUUGGGUCGCGAGGAGAUUGCCGACGCUCUGGCAGACUAUGGGAAAAGCCCGAAGCAGGUAGAGUCACUCGUAACCGGCAUGCCCGAUGAUCAUGAGCUGGAUCUUCCAGGUUUUCUAGAGGUGCUGGCUGACAGCCCCUCUUCCAAUCCUUCUCCUUCUGCCAGCCCUUCUCAACGGGCGUCCUUGCUGAGCCGCGUUUCGGAGCACGCUGGGCGCCGCUUCACCGCGCUGUCCUCCUUGGUGUCUCCGGGGACCUCGGAGGAGCAGCUGAAAGCCAAGUUUGAUGAGAUCGACGUGGACGGCAGCGGAUGUUUGUCCCGGCAAGAGGUCGAGGCAGCCUUCCUCCAACUCGGGAGGUCACGUGCCGAAGUCGAGCAUGAGCUGAAUCGAUGGCCUCUGGAAGACGGCGUGGACUUCCGAACGUUCCGGCUCAUGGUCAAGCGUCCAGGCAGCAGCAGUUGGUUGGAUUUGCCCGGCAUCGGCCUCAAGGAUGGGGAUCUGCGGGAUGCUUUCGACGUGAUCGACACUGACAAAAGUGGCCAGCUGAUGGGACGAGAGGAGAUUGCUGAUGCACUGCGUGAGCUGGGGAAGAGCCAGAAGCAGAUUUCUCGUUUGGUUAAUGACCUGCCGGAGGAGUGCCGCCUGCACAGGGACGAUCCUUGCUGUACGCCUCAGAAGUGGUGA